AUGAAUUUAUCAACUAUAAAUGUAACUCAUUCAAUAGAAUCUUUAUCUUCAUCAAGUUCACCAGAAUUAUUAAAUACUAAUACAAUGUUAACAACUAAUCAUUAUACUAUAAAUUCAAAUCUACCAUCAAUCAAUCAAACAAAUACUAAAUUAAAUGGUAAUGAAUUGAAAUUAAACUCUAAUCUAUAUCAUCCACAACCACCUCCUCCUCAACUUCCUCAAGCUCCUCCUUCUCAUCAUCAUCAUCAUCAUGCACAACAACAACAACAACAACAACAUAAUUAUCAUUCGAAUUAUCAACAAGAAAAUCAUGAAGUAACAUCAUCAUCAUCAUCAUCGUCGUCGUCGUCGUCGUCAUCGACGUUAUCAUCUACAUCAACAACAAAUGGGAUAAUAUCAAUGAAUCAUUUAACUAAUUCAUUAUUAUAUCCAUUUUCAUCAAAUUUAUUAUUACAAGAAUCAUUUAUUCAUUUAAUUUAUUCAACAUGUUUAAAUAUAUUUGAUAAAAGAUUAAAUGAUGAAUUAAAUAAAUUUAAUGAAAAAUAUGAAUUAUUAUUCAAUGAAUAUUAUGAAACAAAAUAUCGUUUAAAUAAAUUAGAAACUAUGAUACAAUAUAAUAAUAAAAUGAAUAUUCCAAUAUUACCAUUAACAUCAUCUUCAUUCUUGUUACCAUCUUCUUUAACUUCAUCAACCUCUUCAACUUCUUCAAUCUCCUCUUCAUUGCCGUCAGAUUAUUUAUUAACUUCAUUGAAUUCAUUGAAAUCACAACAUUUCAAUGAAUCAAUUAUUGAUAAUAAUAAUAAUAAUAAUAAUAAUAAUAAUAAUAAUAAUAAUAAUAAUAAUAGUCAUAUAAUGAAUACAUUAAAAGAGAUUGAUAUGAAAUGGUUAAUGAAUUGGAAACAUAAUAAUGAAGAUUAUUUGAGUAGUAUAAAUAGUUCAAAGAAUAAUUUAUUGGCGCCUAUGUUAACAACAACAACAACAACAGCAGCAACAACAACAAGAUUAGAUGAACAACAACAACAAUCAAUACAAAGAAUAAAAGAUAAAAUAAAAGAUAAUCAUCCUAUAGAAUUUGAUAUCAAUCAUUUAUCGAAUUCAUUUAUUGAUUCAUCAAUGAAUGAGAAUGAGAAUAAUAAUAAUGUAAAUUAUCCAAAAAAUUUAUUUCAUGAAUCUAAUAUAAAUCGAUUACAUAAUCAUUUUUAUAAUUUCAACAAUGUAAUACCAUCCUCCUCAUCAUCAUCAGCAGCAGCAGAAGGAGCAACAGCAUCAGCAUUGUCAAUAAAUAAUCAACAUUUAUUAUGGAAUCAAUGGAUGGUUAAUUGUAUAAAUUCUGUUAAUGGAUUAUUAUCAUCAUCAUCAACAUCAUCAUCGUCAUUAUCAUCACAAUCAAUAUUGAAUAAUUGUGAAAAAAUUAAUCAUUUCACUAUGUCAGAUAUGGAUACUAUAGAAGGAAAUCAAGUAAGUUAUUCAUGA